CCUUCUGUCAGGGCCGGAGGACGGAGAGAGCAGCAGCUUUUCCCUUUGGUUGCGUCCUGGGGGCAAGACCUGGUUUUCCGAUUUCAAGCUCCGCAUGUUGGGAAGCUGGACAGAUGUGAAUGUGGAGUCUGUAUGAUAAUAUAAAUUUUGCUGGCAAACAGUGCUUUACCUUCUGAUGGAUGAAGACCCUAACACUGCAAAGCCUUGUCCCCAUGGCGAGCCCUGCAGUCAGUCCUGAUUCUUCCUCCUCUGAUAACCUCAGUCCAGAUGAGCUGGAACUACUGGCGAAGUUGGAGGAGCAAAACAGGUUGCUGGAGGCUGACAGUAAGUCAUUACGGUCAGUGAACGGGUCGCGACGGAACAGCAGCGGCUCGCUGGUCUCCAGCUCCUCAGCUUCGAGCAACUUGAGCCACUUGGAGGAAGACACGUGGAUUCUGUGGGGCCGGCUGAUCAAUGAAUGGGAGGAAGUGCGCAAAAAGAAAGAGAAACUGCUGCGGGAGCUUAUUCGGAAAGGAAUUCCGCAUCAUUUCCGGGGGAUUGUCUGGCAGUUACUAUGCAAUGCGACUGACAUGCCGGUGAAAAAUCAGUAUUCAGAAUUGCUAAAGAUGACCUCUCCCUGUGAGAAGUUGAUCCGGAGGGACAUUGCUCGCACGUACCCAGAGCAUGAAUUCUUUAAAGGACAAGACAGUCUCGGACAAGAGGUGCUGUUCAAUGUCAUGAAGGCAUACUCUCUGGUUGACCGUGAAGUUGGAUAUUGCCAAGGAAGUGCAUUCAUUGUGGGGCUGCUCCUCAUGCAGAUGCCUGAGGAAGAAGCCUUUUGUGUGUUUGUGCGUUUGAUGCAAGAAUAUCGAUUGCGGGAGCUCUUCAAACCCAGUAUGGCGGAGCUGGGACUCUGCAUCUACCAGUUUGAGUACUUAAUACAGGACCAGUUGCCUGAAUUGCACGUGCACUUUCGGUCACAGAGCUUCCACACAUCGAUGUAUGCGUCCUCCUGGUUCCUAACAAUUUUUCUCACCACGUUUUCCCUGCCGCUAGCGACUAGGAUAUUUGACAUAUUUAUGUAUGAGGGUUUGGAAAUAGUGUUUCGCAUUGGAAUGGCCAUCCUUCAGUUUAACCAAGCAGAACUGAUGCAGCUUGAUAUGGAAGGAAUGUCGCAGCACUUUCAGAAGGUCAUCCCACAGCAGUUUGAUGGCUGCCCUGACAAGCUGGUCCUGAAGGCUUACCAGGUCAAGUACAAUGCAAAGAAAAUGAAGAAACUUGAAAAAGAAUAUACUACAAUCAAAAAUAAAGAAAUGGAGGAACAGAUUGAAAUAAAAAGACUCAGAACGGAAAAUCGUCUCCUAAAGCAGCGGAUUGAAACCCUGGAGAAGGAAAGUGCUGCCUUGGCAGAUAGAUUGAUCCAGGGGCAAGUAACCAGGGCGCAGGAAGCUGAAGAGAACUACGUCAUCAAGCGAGAGCUGGCUGUAGCAAAGCAGCAGUUCAACACAACCAGUGAGAAACUAGAACAAGCACAGAGCACCAUUCAGGAACUGCAGGAGCUCAGGUGUGAUCACCAUCAGAAAGAGGAGUUAGUCAUGCAGCUGAAGAUGGAGCUGGAACAAUCUCGAUUGAGAGAGGCCGAGUCACUGACUGCACUGAAGGAGAUGCAAGAUAAGGUCCUGGAAAUGGAAAAGAGAAACAGCUCGCUCCCUGAUGAGAAUAACAUAGUACGGUUGCAGGAGGAGCUAAAAGCACUAAAGCUGCGUGAGGCAGAGGCUGUGACAUCUAUGAAAGAGCUGCACCAACAGGUGAAGAAUUUGGAUGAACACUGGCAGCGACACCUUGCCCGAACUGGAGGUCGAUGGAAGGAUUCACCGAGGAAGAACGCCACAAACGAGCUGCAUAACGAGCUGAUGACGGUGCGGUUUAGUGAAGCCCAGGCUCAAGCUGAACUGCGAGAGCUGAGGCACAAAGUACUGGAGCUGGAGACACAGAACCAGGUGAAUAGCAACCUUCUGAACCGAACGGAACAGGCUUGUACCGGUCUGCAGGACAAACUGCAGUACAUCACAGCACAAAACAAAGGACUACAGACUCAGCUUAGCGAGACCAGGCGCAAACAGGCCGAGGUGGAUUGUAAGAACAAGGAGGAGGUUAUGGCUGUCCGGUUCCGGGAAGCAGACAGCAUUGCUGCCAUCGCUGAACUUCGCCAGCGCAUUGCUGAACUGGAAAUCCAGAGAGAAGAGGGAAGGAUCCAAGGUCAGCUGAACAACUCUGACUCCAAUCAGAUCAUUCGCGAGUUGAAGGACCAGAUCACAGAAUUGAAGACAGAGAUCCGGCUUUUCAAAGGUCAGGGAUCCUUUCAGACUCCAAUGAGCUUCGACGGGAUUCAUAUUGUGAAUCACAUGGUUGCAGAUGAUGAGUCCAUUCCCUCGUCUGAUGAGGACCUCUUACCUAGCCCCAUGGCAGUGAGUGGUCUGCAGGAGGGACUGUACCCAAUUCCGCACGGAAACAACCAUUUCCUCAGAGGGCUGGAGAUCUCGGGAAAGGACAGUGAUGGGAGCACCGACAGUGAUCAGGAAGAUCGGAAUUCUGCAUUAGAGCUUGAAGCAGAGAUGCCCACCUCCCAAACUCUCCGAUCUCUGCAUAUAGGAACUGGCUUCACUUACUCGAUCCGAGAGGGGAGGGAGCAGCUUGGAGAAGUGAGAAUCCUCACUAUGUACUUUUGAAGGGGGUAAGUUUGCCUGUUGAAGGUGAGUGUCCCGGGGUAGCGUUAGGGAAUGUACAUUUGAGCAUACAAAGUAAAGCUCUCCUUUUGUGGAGAGUUGCUGCUUACAUUGUCCAGGUAUUCCGCGUGUGUAACUGCGAGUGUAUGGGGAUAGUGUGCCAUCCUCCUGUCACCCCACCUCUGUUCACUUGACUUUUGUUUCCUGUUGUACCAAUAACAUCACAUCAUCACAAACACUCCCUUAUCACUUCAGGAUCACUGCUUUAGUGAAUCAGAUCCAAAGUGGAAAAUGACUCCUUUUCAGUUGAAUUAUUUUUCUUUUUUUUUUUGAAAAAAUGGUGUAAAUAGGGCAAACGGAACAGUUUUGUGUAUCUUCCUAAAUUCUGUGUCACCACUGAGGGAGACCCUCAUGUUAUGGGAAGGAGGACUGUACCAUAAUGAUCAGAGCAAUAUCAGUCUCACUGAGGUCAGUGUUAAAACUCAGGCACUGAAGCCUCACAGGGUUUGUUCAUUAGGAAUAGAAUGCCCUGGCUUGACCUCCAUUUUCUUGCCACCAGCACCCCCUCCACAGACCUGUUCCUAGGUUGUUAGUAAUCACCUAAUGUGUUCAUCAGCUGGUGGGAGUUGUCUGGAGGCAACUUUACAUUCGGUGUUACCUAUACUCAUAUAAGACAAGGUGCUAAAUUGAUGAGAUUGCUGAGCUAUCUCGCACUGAUGUUUCUGCACAGCGACUCUCAAUCUGUGUAAUCCAACAUCUAGAUGUAAAAUGGAACUUGAUGUGUGUGGCCCAUUGUGAAUUUACAGAGCCUGUCUCAUUCUAACUCUCUCUCCAGUAAGCCUGUUUCCUUCACGGACUCCAAUCAGCUCACAGAAACCGUCACUGCCAACGUCAAAGACCCCGUCCCCGGGAACUGAAUAUCUUGAGUGAGUCUGUGCCUAAUGGUUCACAGACCCGGGACCAGGGCCGAGAUGCCAUGACUCACUCCUAGGGGGAGCGCAGGACACGGGUAUAGAGACAGCUGCCAGUUUUACUGCUGCAACGUUUAUCUCAGAUGCAAGAGCAACGCUCGGUGCAUUGUCACUGACUCGUGACCUCCCCAGCAUUAACCGUGAGGCCCAUAACUGGCUGCUUUCUUGGCCAUUUUCUAACCGCUGUGGUUGUUAGGAUGUUCCCCAAUCUGUGCAAUGGCAUUGAACUAGCAAGUUUCACAUGGUUUGUACUGAACAUACCUGGAUGACCUGUACCAUUUUAUACAGCCGGUACAUUUUUGUUUUUGCUCUUCUGGGAUACUGUUACAAGUGAAUGCAAAAUUCUCUCUGUCCCGCUUUCAAACUUCACAUUACAGUCAGAGACUAACAUUACUUUAGUUAACUUUGAGCUGGGCAUGAAUACACUAUGCAUUAGCAGUUAAGCCAGGUCAUAUGCAAGUGUACAAAUAUUAUUGAGAUAAAAACAGAAAAU